UGAUGCCUUUCCUCAAUUAAUCACACCAGAACCAGUAACUCCUGCGGCCAUUAAUUAUCAAGAUGUUAGUACCAGAGUCAUCCACUCAUCCACAGCCUCGAGGCAAAAAGACUUCACAUAAGAUUUCUUCAACAACUCCCAUCUCGCAAUCUGUUUAUCUGUCUAGGAAGUUGGUCGGCCUCACAUCUUCUUCUUCCAAGGAGCUGCUGUUUUUAACUUUAACCUUUUAUUCCUAGCUCAAUAGGUGAAGUUAGUUUUUUGUCGGGAUCAAACAGUGAUAUUACAUAAAUUACCCAUUAAAACAGGGAGACGAGAUUAUAUAUGGCGACGGUGCUUCACUCCGUCUCCAACACUUUACCACCCGCAGCCACUACCAUUACCUCCAAAUCAAUGCCCUAUAAGGAAGUCGAAUCAUGCUCAACAAUGGCGGAGCUUAAUGAGGUCCAUGCACAAACCAUAAAGCUUGGUCUUUCAAGUGAUAACAAUGCAAUGGGCAGAGUUAUCAAGUUCUGUGCUAUUUCUGAAUCAGGAGACUUAAACUAUGCCCUUAAAGUGUUUGACACUCUGCCUGAACCAGACACCUUCAUAUAUAACACUAUUAUCAGAGGGUACUUAAAAAGAGGGCUUCCUAAAAGUGCAAUUGUUUUUUACUCCCAGAUGUUGACGACCUCAGUCUGGCCUAAUAGCUUCACUUUCCCUCCGCUAAUCCGAUGCUGGUCUCUCUCCAAUAUGACUGGAGAAGGAAAGCAGAUACACGGUCAUGUGAUAAAGUUUGGUUUUGGGUCUGAUGGAUUUUCUCAGAAUAAUCUGAUUCAUAUGUAUGGAAAUUUCAACUGCAUGGGAGAAGCCAGGAAGGUGUUUGAUGGGUUGCCUUGCAAAGAUGAUGUUGCAUGUACAACAUUGAUAAGUGGGUAUGCACAGUGGGGGCAUGUUGACGAAGCUUCAAGUGUUUUUGAGUCAAUACCAGAGAUAAAGAAGAACUCUGUUUGUUGGAAUGCCAUGAUUUCAGCAUAUGUCAAGAAUGACAGAUUUCAUGAGGCAUUUGCUUUAUUUGAGAGAAUGCGAGCUGAGGGUGUGCCGGCUGAUAAGUUUGUUGCUGCAAGCAUUUUGUCAGCCUGUGGAGGACUAGGAGCUUUAAAGCAAGGGGAAUGGAUCGUGGAACACAUUAAUAAAAGCAACAUUAACGUCGUGGAUGACUCCAAGUUGGCUACAAAGAUCAUUGAUAUGUACUGCAAGUGUGGAUGUUUAGGUAAGGCAUUUAAUUUUUUUAAUGUUCUGCCAAGGAAAGGGAUAUCUUCUUGGAAUUGCAUGAUUGGAGGGUUUGCAGUGCAUGGUAGAGGAAAGGAAGCAAUUGAUCUUUUCAAAGUAAUGGAAAGGAAGGGGGUGGUUCCUGAUUAUGUUACCUUUGUGAACGUACUCAGUGCAUGUUCUCAUUCAGGUUUGAUUGAAGAAGGGAAGUUUUACUUUGAUUAUAUGAACAAAACCUACAAGAUUGAGCCCAGGGUUGAGCAUUAUGGAUGUUUGGUUGAUAUGUUCGGAAGAGCCGGAUUACUAAAGGAAGCAAGCAGAGUUAUAGAGCAAAUGCCUUCUAUGAGCAGUCCAAAUGUAGGUGUCAUGGGUGCCCUUCUUGGUGCAUGUACAAUCCACAAUGACAUCGAUUUAGGUGAGCAGUUCGGUCGGACAGUGAUUGAGUUGGAUCCUCACAAUAGUGGCCGCUACAUUUUGCUGGCUAAUCUAUAUGCCAAUGCUGGUAGAUGGGAAGAUGUUGCUGAAGUGAGAAAGUUGAUGAAUGACAGAGGGGUGAAAAAGUCUCCAGGCUACUCGAUGAUUGAAGUGGAGGGAGGUCUGGUUGAUGAGUUCAUUGCAGGAGGAAUAACUCAUCCUCAAGCCCAGGAAAUAUAUGCUAAAGUUAAUGAAAUGCUCAACAGAAUUAGAUCUGAAGGCUAUGUACCUGAUGAAACAGAUGGUGUGUUACUUGGUAUCAGUGAAGAGGAGGAAAUGGGAAACCCAACAACGAACUACCAUAGUGAGAAAUUGGCAAUUGGGUUUGGAUUGUUGAAGACUAAACCUGGUGAAAUUAUUCGGAUCACUAAAAACCUGAGAGUUUGUAGAGACUGUCACAGAGCUAGCAAGCUAGUAUCGAAACUCUACGAUCGAGAAAUCAUUGUAAGGGAUAGGAAUAGGUUCCAUCAUUUCAAAGGAGGAGAGUGUUCUUGUAAUGACUACUGGUAAAGUACUGGAAUGUCUAUCUUCUUUGAAUCUGAAAUGUAUCUUUUAUAUAUAUCUGAGAAACAUGGACAGUAGCUACUAGAGAAAGGUUUCAACCAAGUGGACAAUUAAUGCUGCCUCAAAUAUGAAGAGGAGUGGCGGUGGCAGUGUUGGUCGGGGUUAGGGUGCUGUCUGUGUGCGGUACUUUUCUUGACUGUUGAGAUCAUUUAGAUCUCUUUUGAGCAUAUUCAAUAGUCCAAAUGUCCAAUGGAGAUUAGUGGAUUGCCAAAGAUACAGAUUAGAGAUUGAGGUAAAAAGAAGAAAGGAACCUUCUCCAAUCCAAAUGUCUCUAUUAAUUGUGAAGCUGAUUUAAAAUUCUAAGAAAACCCACCCUAAACUUCAGCUUCUGAUUUCAAAAGCCUGCUAAAUAUGUUUACUCAGCAAAAUGUUCUCUCGAUAGAAAUUCCUUUUGAGGGUAAAUCAGUGGUAUAUGACGGAAAAAUUGUGUGAAGUUCUAAAGGUGCAAUGCUUCACCAAGGAAAAGCCAGAAAAGAGAAAACAAAGAUUUUCUUCCAAACCUCCAUCCUCUUCAAUCUUCUCCAAACUGCUUCAAACUUGUCCAGGUAAUAUUUUUUAAACUUUC